GUUAGGGUUUGAAAUCGUCGCUGGACCAAAUAAUCCGAUAAGCUAUAGCUGGAGUCAUCCUUCUAUGACAGAGAGAGAGAGAGACUCAGUGUCCACAUAUCUAGAAAUUAACCUCAUUCUUUUUACAUAUAUACCGUUAUGCCACCAAAUCCUGAAGAUAGAUUUCACUGCUUCUUCCCCAUACAUUUAGUUUUUCUUAUCUUCUUCUCUACCAUAUAACCUAACGCUAUAAUUCACGGCGGCACAAAAUUCUAGUCGCUGAUUGCUCUCCAUUCACCGGAAAUUAGAUUCAGUCACUGUUGCGUAUAUUAGUGACAAUCAUGGUUCGAUUGUUGCAGCCUAAACACAUGGUACAAGCUGUGAAUGCUUUGCAUUGGCGAAACUCUGUGGAAUUUCAUAAGCUGCUUAAAGAUAAUGGAGAUUUCUCUAUUUGCUUUAACUCUGAUCAAGGGUUACCACAAAAGAUUAGUGUAGAGAAAAUGGUGAAAAUGUUACCUCGGCACCUCAUUGCGGUGGUUAUGACUCCUAAUAAAGAUGGAAAGUCUCGAUAUAUAUUGUGUGGGAUCAGACUGUUGCAGACGUUGUGCGACUUAACACCUCGUAACGCGAAACUCGAGCAGGUCUUGCUUGACGAUGUGAAAUUAUCAGCACAGAUGAUUGAUCUGGUGAUUAUUGUGAUAAUAGCUCUUGGCCGUAACAGAAAGGAAAGCUGCAAUUCGAAUAAAGAAUCGUUACUAGAGGCUACAUUGGUGGCUUCUUGUCUCCACCUGUUUCACGGGUUUAUCUCUCCUAACUCCCAAGAUCUUGUUCUCGUCUUGCUUGCCCACCCAAGGGUUGAUGUGUUUAUAGACAGUGCUUUUGGAGCUGUCCUCAAUGUUGUGAUAUCUUUGAAAGCAAAGUUGCUGUAUCGACAAACUGACUCCCCAAAAAGGUUAGGUGCAAGUUCUGUAGAGGAGGUCAACUUCCACUGCCAACAAGCUGAAGCUGCUUUGCAGUUCCUUCAUUCUCUAUGCCAACACAAACCGUUUAGAGACCGUGUCGCUAAAAACAAGGAGCUAUGUGGAAAAGGCGGCGUUCUUAGGCUAGCUCAAUCCAUACUGUCACUAGCUAUUACACCUGAAUUUGUUGGAGCAACCAUAACUAUAGCUUCCACGUCUAGAAUGAAAGCAAAAGUCCUUUCAAUUUUGCAGCAUUUGUUUGAGGCGGAAAGUGUCUCAUUCCUUGACGAGGUUGCAAAUGCAGGAAACUUGCAACUAGCCAAAACUAUUGCCUCAGAGGUUCUUAAAUUACUGAGGCUUGGCCUUUCUAAAGCUUCCAUGGCUACUGCUUCUCCUGACUACCCGAUGGGUUUUGUGCUACUUAACGCUAUGCGCUUGGCUGACGUGCUCACGGAUGACUCAAAUUUUCGAUCUUUUUUCACUGAACAUUUUAGCAUGGUUCUCAGUGCGGUAUUUUGUCUCUCUCAUGGAGAUUUCUUGUCAAUGUUGUGCUCUUCUGAUCUUUCUUCAAGGGAGGAUGAUGCGAAUGUUGAUUACGAUCUGUUUAAGUCAGCCGGAUGGGUUUUAAGUAUAUUUUCAUCUUCUGGGCAAUCAGUCACACCUCAAUUCAAGCUCAGUUUACAAAAUAACCUUACCAUGUCUUCAUAUGCACACCAACGAACAUCCUUAUUUAUUAAAAUGAUCGCGAAUCUUCACUGUUUCGUUCCCAACGUCUGCGAAGAACAGGAUAGGAACCGUUUCAUUCAGAAUGUUAUGAGUGGAUUGCGAAAAGAUCCUUCAAGCAUAUUGAUUAAGAUGUUACCAGGCUCUUCAUAUACUCCAGUGGCACAGAGAGGCACUGGUGUUUGCAGAAACCUAGGUUCUCUGUUGCGCCAUGCAGAAUCCUUAAUCCCUAGUUCCCUCAAUGAGGAAGAUUUCCUGCUUUUGAGGGUGUUUUGUGACCAGUUGCAACCGCUAAUCCAUUCCGAAUUUGAGGAAAGUCAAGUACAGGUGAAGGAUAUUGAAGGUACGGGAGGGAAUUUAUCUGGUAAGCAGCAGAGAAAAGAGAUUCUGAAUCUUAACAAUGAGGAAGCUUCAGAGAAUUGUGAUGUCCGAGUUGAAGGUAUGAUAACAAAGCAAGGCGUGAACGAGGAGGUGGACACAGUUGAACGGUUGAAAGAAAGCGAUGCAGAUGCGAGCAAUCUUGAAACCAGUGGUUCAGAUACAAGCUCUAACAGAGGGAAGGGUCUGGUUGAAGAUGGAGAGUUGGUUCAGAAUAUGAGCAAGCGGUUUAAAGGCAGUGCGUCAGGAGAGGUGAAGGAGGAUGAGAAAUCUGAAACCUUCCUUGUCUUUGAGAAGCAGAGGACGAAACGGAAGCGUAGUAUUAUGAAUGAUGAUCAAACGGGGAUGAUCGAGAAGGCGCUUGCUGAUGAACCUGAUAUGCAGCGGAAUUCAGCUUCGAUACAGUUAUGGGCUGAUAAAUUAAGUCAGAAGGGUCCGGAGGUUAUUACAUCUUCGCAGCUGAAAAACUGGCUGAAUAACCGAAAAGCGAAACUAGCUCGAGCAAACAAGCAAACGGGGACAGUUCGUGACAAUAACAGCUCAGGGGAAUUACCGGAGAGCCCUGGAGAUGAAAACACUUGGCAGCAGAAACCAUCAACACCAUAUAAAGAUCAGACUGCAUCUAAAACCCCGAAAACAGGAGAGAAUCUGUUGAGAUCAUCGUCAUCAUCAGAAGAAGGGAUAAAGCAAGGGCAACAAGUGAGGCUUAUGGACGAGAGAGGAGACGAGAUAGGGAAAGGAAUGGUGUUGAGAACAGACGGUGAAUGGUACGGUUUAAGCCUGGAGACAAGACAGAUUUGUGUAGUUGAUGUAACGGAGCUUAGUGAGUCAUAUGAUUGGAGCAAAAAGAUGAUCCCUUAUGGAUCUGAUGAUGUUGGAAGGACUUUCACAGAGGCGAAUUCGAGGUUUGGAGUUAUGAGAGUGGCUUGGGAUGUGAAUAAGCUUCAGUAUUAGAGUUAGACUCAGUUGCAUUGAAUUUGAUUAGUAGGAUGUUUUUUUUUUUAACUGUUUAGGGAUUCUCUAUUGGUCCUUAAUUUGAAAGAUUCUCUGUUUUAUGGGCUUUUGUCUAUCUCUCUGUAUCACUCACUCACUCUCUGGUUAUUUACAGGCAAAGGCUGAGACUUUGAGAGUAAAUAGUGAAGAUAAUAACAGAAGGAAGAGUUUGACUUUUUA